CCCGCAGUAACCGCUUGUAUUUGUGGCUGUGUACAGGCCGCCAGAUCCAUAAACAGUUUGUUUUUUUUUUAAUAUAUUUGUAUAAUUAACUUAUCUAACCCCGCAAUAGUCUGGAUAGCUAGCUCUCAUUCUCAGUUGGGACCGAGCGGUGUUCGGACGCGGUACAAAAAUUCAGUGAACUCGAGCAGUCGUUGUAGGUGCGCACGAUUCGUAGCGACGUAGCAACUACGAACUCGCGGUCGGUCAGUGCGGAACGUCGUUGUUAGUGCAUAUUUCAACAAGAAAUAGAUCGUAACUAUCAACAUGGCAACAAGUAAAAACGCACAAGCUGGUGCGCGUCCCUUUAGAGAUGUAGAGAAUCCGGCCGACCAGAGCGCGAAGGGCGGUUGCUGGAACUGGACGACGUCGUGGCUGGGUCUGUCAGAUGUGACAGACAACAAGCUGAUCUGGCGGCAGCUGGUAGCCGAGCUGGUUGGGACGUUCCUGCUCACCUCCAUCGGCGUGGCAGCGUGCAUCACCAUCAACGACACUAACACGCCCAAGAUCACCAGCAUCGCACUCACUUUUGGACUCCUCGUGGCUUCCAUUGUACAGAUAAUCGCGCACGUGUCUGGUGGUCAUAUCAACCCGGCAGUGACGGUGGGUCUGCUGGUGGCUGGGGACAUCAAACUCCUUAAGGCAGCCUUCUACAUCGUGGUGCAGGCGCUCGGAGCCGUCGCCGGCGCAGCCUUCGUCAGGUUGGCAGUACCGAAUGACAAAGUGGGCGGCUUUGGAAUGACCCUGCCUGGACCGGGCAUCACUGAACCUCAGGCGCUGCUAGCAGAAGCCCUGAUAACGUUCGUGCUGGUGAUGGUGGUGCACGGCGUGUGCGACGGCCGCCGCAACGACCUCAAGGGCUCCGGGCCGCUCGCCAUCGGACUGAGUAUCACCGCCUGUCACUGCGCCUUCAUCCCUUACUCAGGCUCAAGCAUGAACCCGGCGCGUUCUUUCGGCCCCGCCGCCGUCAUGGGUGACUGGACCGCACACUGGGUGUACUGGGUGGGUCCCAUCAUCGGCGGCGCGCUGGCCGGCAUUGUAUACAAAUUCGUGUUCCGUAUCGGCAAACCCGGCGAAAGCGGCUCCUACGACUUCUAGGCACCACCAGCCACCACCGACGCUGGCGGCACGCACUUCACCUCCUCUGGUGCCUUCUACCGUGCUUUUCGCAUACAAAAUGUACAAAGAUAUUUCAAACGAUACAUAUCUUAAGUAUAUACCACUCACUAUACGUCUCAAUAAGUCUUACUAACAUAAUAAAUAUGCGAAAAGCACUCCCAGUGCAAGCUCAUUGACAUAUCAAUAUUAUUCAAUCGGGUGCACUAUUUAUACACAUGUCUCUGUGCUUGUACUUCAUGUUAUUUUAUUUUAAUAAUUAUCUAUUUGUCUUGAUAUAUUUCCCAAGAUGUUGAAACCCAAAGCCGACAUGUCUUAUCUGAAGUAUCGAUUUCGACAUACACACGAUUAUUGAUGAUUAUUGUAUUUUUAAGUCUAUUUAUAUUAAUUAGGUUUAAAAUAAGUUAACUACAAACCUUAUACAAGUUUGUAUACUCGAAUGGCUGAGUUAUGUAAAUUAUGUGAGUGAGAUUGAUAUUGGUUGUACCUAAUUAUAGGAUAAGUAUCUAUUACAAAUAGUAUCAAGUGAAAUCUGUUUUAUUUCAGAAUAAAUAAUGGUUUUAAUUAA